UUAUCUGUCCAGUGACCGUAUGCAAAGCCACUAUUAAUCUGGCAUGGCUGUAGUGUGUAUGUGUGUGUGGGGUAUUUUGGCUGUUGCUAUCAAUAGCUCUGAACUGCUGCCUCCGCAUUGGCAAGGACACAAAUCAAAUUUUCACUUUGGCAUCCAACAAGACUGUCACUUAUUUGGUCAAGGAUUGCUCAGGAUGGGUUCACUCACUAUACUACAAAGAAUGCAUUCAAGACCAAACUACUCUUAUUGGACUCUUCACCUGUAAUUUCUGUAAUGUUGACAUGGUUAUGCCUUGCUGUGAUAUGUUAGAAGGCUUUUAGGGGAGUGUAAACAUACAAAUACAAUUAUACCUGACUUUAUUAUUCUAAAACCUAGAAUAAUAAUAUCUAAAUUAAUGUCAAUACACAGGAUAAGGCCUUGAGUAGCUAAUGUAUGUAACGAUAUUAACGAUAAACUAAUUUGUUACACAUACAGUACACACUAAUAACUCUCCUACCUGCAUGGUUUAAAGCUGACUGUGAGACUGAGAUGUAAUGGCUACAAUACGGUGUUUCACACACAAGAGUUGAAGCAGCACUGGGCUACACAGUGUUUUCUAAUGGCAGGAUUGUAUUCUAUCUCUAUUUUUGGUGCAGCAGUAAACUAACUUCUGCAACAAAAUAUUGGAUUACAGUACAAACAAGGUCAGCUUACUGUGAAAUACUUCUGAAAUGAACAAAUUAACCUUAAAGAUGACCAUGCUACUAUGUGCAGACCUUGCUUUGAAAUACCCUCUAUUUGCCCUUAAAAAAUAAAAAUUAACUAAACAAACAUUAACAGUUUCAUGUAUUAUACCAGAAGGGGGAUUUGUCUCUAUAUUUUAAAAAUAACUGUGUGUCAAUUCUUAAAAAGCUGUUGUCCAAAGCUAAACUUGACUGUAGAAAAAAGCUGUUCCAAUGGUCAGCAGGAGGAUAUUUCUUUACCCACAUAACUUACACCUGUCUAUUUAUAUCCUCACCCUGAGUCUUAUUUUAGGCAUUGUGUCUCCAUAAACUCUUUCAUUGCACUGUGACAGGUUGCUUCAAAAAGUGGUGAUAGCAUGCUCAUAGCAUAACUACAAUCAAAAGACCAACUUGAGGGCAAAUGUUCCAUCGUCACCACACUCUCUUCUGUCAUCCUUUGCUCUGAUCUGCACAGAUAGUCUCUUAAAUGUAAAGCCAAUUUGUUGUAUUCUGAGAUGUGGUGUUUAUUUGAGAACGCUCAAUGUGCAUGCUCAAUACAGGACAGAUCAACACGGGAUAUGCCGUUGGGAGCUGAGGUAUUAACACUUAUUUCUGAGGUUAAGAUGAGGUAGCCUUCCAGAGAUGUGGGAGGGGCCUCAGAUCCUGCUUUGUCAUUACAGCCCUGUGAAGAAGAAUGGCCACCAGACGCACUCAUCUUGAGGAUGACCUUUGCUGUCCAAUUUGUGGACAUAUUCUCAGUCAGCCAGUGGUGCUCACUUGCAGACACAGAUUCUGUAAAGCCUGUCUAAAAGUCAGCUGGGAGACACAAGGCAGUGGGGAUUCACACUACUGUCCUUUGUGCUGGCGCCGUUCCUCCAUGGAUCAAAUAGUGGUGAGCACUGUGCUGGAAAAGUCCUGUGAAUCCUUCAAGCUGGACAGAAGCAAGAAUGACCCAGAGGCUUGUAAGGAGCAUGGAGAAAAGCUCACACUGUUUUGUUUGGAGGACUUGGAGCCAAUCUGUGGUGUGUGUGGGAAAGCAGCUGCACAUGCUGGGCACAGGCUCUAUCCCAUUGGGGAAGGUGCUCAUGACUGUAAGGAGGAACUGAAGAGUGCGCUUCUGCCUUUGAAAGAGAAGUUGCAGCUGUACAGGAAGGCGAAAAUGGCCUGUGAGGAAAUGGCAGAACAUGUCAUGAACCAAGCGGAACAUACCGAAACACAGAUCAAAGAGGAAUUUGAAGCCCUUCACCAUUACCUGAAAGAGCAAGAGGCUGCCAGACUUUCUGCUUUGAAGGCUGAUGAGGAUCAGAAGAAUCUGAUGAUUAAACAGAGGAUUGAGGAGAUGAGCAAUGAAAUUACGUCUCUGUCCAACACCAUCAGAUUAGUGGAACAGGACAUGAAAUCUCAAGAUAUCCCAUUUCUUAAGAAUUACAAAGAAACAAUAAGCAGAACCUGGCAAACUCCCCUUGAUCCACAGAUGAUUUCUGAUGCUCUGAUUGAUGUGGCCAAGCACUUGGGCUCUCUGAAAUUUAAAGUGUGGGAGAAGAUGAAGAGUAUAGUAAAAUAUAAUCCUGUGAUUCUGGAUCCCAACACAGCAGCUAGCUGCUUCAUCCUCUCAGAGGAUCUCACAGUUGUGCAGAACUCUACCCAGAUUUUCAAGCUGCCAGACAACCCAGAACGCUUUGACAUCAGUGCUGAGAUGCUGGCUGCUGAGGGCUAUUCCUCUGGACGCCACAGCUGGGAUGUGGAGGUGAAGGACAACACCUACUGGGUGGUGGGAGUAGCCAGCGAGUCCAUCAACAGGAAGGGCAAGCACGUGUUGACACCAGCAGAGGGAUUCUGGACUAUAAGGUUUCGUAACGGAGAGCAUAAGGCCUGCACAGCACCAUGGGGGCCGCUGAACAUGACUAAGAAGCCAGAAGUGAUAAGAGUAGUUUUAGACAUGGACCGAGGCAAGGUGACAUUUUAUGACCCUGGAGAGAGAACACCUCUCUACACCUUCACAGAUGUAAUCACACCCAGAGCCUUUCCCUACUUUUGCACUGCCUGUAAAGAUCAUCCACUGAAAAUCCUACCCACAAGGAUAUCCUUGUCAGUGGACCACUAA